UUAUAGACAGAUUUUUUAUAACUCCCAGUACAUUUUGUUUCAGAUAUUUCCAGCAGCAGAAGUUUUUCUGAAGGACAGGACACCAACAGAAAUAUACUAAGCAAGAUUAUGAAGAAAUCUUUUAAUAAAAAGACCAAGGAUUCUAACUCUCCAACCUCAAGCAAUCUCUCAGAAUCCUAUAUGUCUACAAAGGAGAUAGUAAACCUCAACACAAAACCUUUAUCAUGUUCUGUAUGCGGAAAAUGUUUUCGCUGGCAGUCAGAAAUUGUAAUACAUCAGAGAACUCACACAGGAGAGAAACCGUUUGCAUGUUCUGAAUGUGGGAAAUGUUUUAGCUGUAACUCGGCUCUAGUUAUACACCAGAGAACUCACACAGGUGAGAAACCUUUCUCAUGUUCUAAAUGUGGGAAAUGUUUUAGUGAUAGCUCAUCUCUAGUUGUACACCAGAGAACUCACACAGGAGAGAAACCGUUUGCAUGUUCUGAAUGUGGGAAAUGUUUUAGCUGUAAUUCGGCUCUAGUUAUACACCAGAGAACUCACACAGGUGAGAAACCUUUCUCAUGUUCUAAAUGUGGGAAAUGUUUUAGUGAUAGCUCAUCUCUAGUUGUACACCAGAGAACUCACACAGGAGAGAAACCGUUUGCAUGUUCUGAAUGUGGGAAAUGUUUUAUCUGUAGCUCAUCUCUAGUUGUACACCAGAGAACUCACACAGGAGAGAAACCUUUCUCAUGUUCUGAAUGUGGGAAAUGUUUUAGCUGUAACUCAUCUCUAGUUGUACACCAGAGAACCCACACAGGAGAGAAACCUUUCUCAUGUUCUGAAUGUGGGAAAUGUUUUAGUGAUAGCUCAUCUCUAGUUGUACACCAGAGAACUCACACAGGAGAGAAACCUUUCUCAUGUGCUGAAUGUGAGAAAUGUUUCCGCCAGUACUCUCAUCUUGUUAAACAUCAAUUAUCUCACACCGGAGAGAAACCUUUCUCAUGUUCUGAAUGUGGGAAAUGUUUUAACAGACAUUCAACUCUAGUUGCACACCAGAGAAUUCACACAGGAGAGAAACCUUUCUCAUGUUCUGAAUGUGGGAAAUGUUUUAGUGAUAGCUCAUCUCUAGUUGUACACCAGAGAACUCACACAGGAGAGAAACCUUUCUCAUGUUCUGAAUGUGGGAAAUGUUUUAGCUGUAACUCAUCUCUAGUUGUACACCAGAGUACUCACACAGGAGAGAAACCUUUCUCAUGUGCUGAAUGUGAUAAAUGUUUCCGCCAGUACUCUCAGCUUGUUAAACAUCAAUUAUCUCACACCGGAGAGAAACCUUUCUCAUGUUCUGAAUGUGGGAAAUGUUUUAUCAGACAUUCAACUCUAGUUGCACACCAGAGAAUUCACACAGGAGAGAAACCUUUCUCAUGUUCUGAAUGUGGAAAAUGUUUCAGCCGUAGCUCAAGUCUAGUUGUACACCAGAGAAAUCACACAGGAGAGAAACCUUUCUCAUGUUCUGAAUGUGGAAAAUGUUUCAGCCGUAGCUCAGGUCUAGUUGUACACCAGAGAAAUCACACAGGAGAGAAACCUUUCUCAUGUUCUGAAUGUGGGAAAUGUUUUAGCUGUAACUCGGCUCUAGUUAUACACCAGAGAACUCACACAGGAGAGAAACCUUUCUCAUGUUCUGAAUGUGGGAAAUGUUUUCGUGAUAGCUCAGUUCUAGUUAGACACCAGAGAUCUCACACAGGAGAGAAACCUUUCUCAUGUUCUGAAUGUGAGAAAUGUUUUAAUAUGCAUUCAACUCUAGUUGCACACCAGAGAACUCACACAGGAGAGAAACCUUUCUUAUGUGCUGAAUGUGGGAAAUGUUUUAGCUUUAACUCAGCUCUAGUUUAUCACCAGAGAACUCACACAGGAGAGAAACCUUUCUCAUGUGCUGAAUGUGAGAAAUGUUUCCGCCAGUAUUCUCAGCUUGUUAAACAUCAAUUAUCUCACACCGGAGAGAAACCUCUCUCAUGUUUUGAAUGUGGGAAAUGUUUUAGCUGUAACUCAGCUCUAGUUGUACACCAGAGAACUCACACAGGAGAGAAACCUUUCUCAUGUGCUGAAUGUGGGAAAUGUUUUAGCAAAAGCUCAGCUCUAGUUGUACACCAGAGAACUCACACAGGAGAGAAACCUUUCUCAUGUGCUGAAUGUGGGAAAUGUUUUAGCUUGAACUCGGCUCUAGUUAUACACCAGAGAACUCACACAGGUGAGAAACCUUUCUCGUGUCCUGAAUGUGGAAAAUGUUUCAGCAAUAGUUCAGGUCUAGUUGUACACAAGAGAACUCACACAGUAGAGAAACCUUUCUCAUGUGCUGAAUGUGGGAAAUGUUUUAUCUGUAACUCCUCUCUAGUUGUACACCAGAGAACUCACACAGGAGAGAAACCUUUCUCAUGUGCUGAAUGUGGGAAAUGUUUUAUCUGUAGCUCAGCUCUAGUUGUACACCAGAGAACUCACACAGGAGAGAAACCUUUCUUAUGUGCUGAAUGUGGGAAAUGUUUUAGCUUUAACUCAGCUCUAGUUGUACACAAGAGAACUCACACAGGAGAGAAACCUUUCUCAUGUGCUGAAUGUGGGAAAUGUUUUAUCAAAAGCUCAGCUCUAGUUGUACACCAGAGAACUCACACAGGAGAGAAACCUUUCUCAUGUGCUGAAUGUGGGAAAUGUUUUAGCUUGAACUCGGCUCUAGUUAUACACCAGAGAACUCACACAGGUGAGAAACCUUUCUCGUGUCCUGAAUGUGGAAAAUGUUUCAGCCAUAGCUCAGGUGUAGUUCAACACCAGAGAACUCACACAGGAGAGAAACAUUUCUGAUGUGCUGAAUGUGAGAAAUGUUUUAGCCAGUACUCUCAGCUUGUUAAACAUCAAUUAUCUCACACAGGAGAAAAACAUUUCUCAUGUACAGAAUGGAGAAAUAGUUUUGUCAGUAAACCAGAGUUUGUUAAGCAUCAGAUAACUCAUACAGUAGAGUUUGUAUAAUGUGUUUAUGAAUUAACAUCAGAAUUAAACAACUAAUACUAUGAAUUGCUUUAUUGCUGACACAAGAAAAUAUACCUGUGAUAGUAGCAAUGUAUAAAUGAUGCAUUGGUAUUGCGAUUGUGUUAACUCUACAGAGCCCCUCUUUACUUUCCUCCCCUUUGAUAUUACUGUUAAAUUUGAAAACGUCUGUGCCUUCCAUGCACAACUUUUGUUUUCUUUAAUGUUUGUUUAUUUGUGGUUAGUGUGAGUUAUUGCACAUAUUGAAUCUGAAUGUUGAAAAUAUUUUGCCUGUAAAGGAGAGCUUGUUAUACAUCAACUAAUUCACACAGGAGAGAAACCUUUUUCUUUUUCUGAAUGUGGGAAAUGUUUUAGCCUGCGUGUACACCUUGUUAGUCAUCAGAGAACUCACGCAAGAGAGAAAUUGUGUG